GCUGUGUGGAGGGAACUGAGACGCUGGAGGAGCGCAGAGAGGACGAGCUGCCGGGAAAAACGCGAGCAGACCAGAGGAGAGCUAAGGAGCAGCAGACUGCCGCUCGGCAGGAACACGGCAAAACCCGAGGAGCACUGAGGAACGCUCGCGGAGCGGGGGGAGGGAGGAACAGCGGAGUGGAUCGGGCUGAAGAGAGGAAAGUGCGUCGACUGUGGGACAGCCGUUGAUCCGUAGCCAGAGGAGAGAGGUGGGGGGCGUGCGAGCGAGCGUGCGUGCGUGCGUGUGCAUGAAGAGGAGGAGAGGAGGAGGGGAAGAGCUUCGUGGGGUGGAGCUAGUUCACAAGGUUUGAUUGGCACAGGGGGAGAAGCGGCGGUGCGUGAGGGCAAGUUGAUGAAUCUCAUUUAGAAAGACCAGUGCUUUUGAGCAGAGGGAAAACAACAGCACAAAUAUCAGGAUUAGACCCACCGUUACUUUCCGAGAAAGAAAACGAAGAGGACGAACGGGAGAUAAAGGAAGGAGAGGAGAGGAGAGAGAGAGAGCUUGAUCCUUAGAUUGGACCCUGACAGAACACACUCUGCUUCGGUCAUCUGCGGUCGAUUGCAGUGUGAAUGCCCGCGGGUCUCUCUGGCUUUGAGUGUGUUUGCGUGUGGCUUUCAGAAGUCUUGGGACUGAGGAGCGCGCCGUCACCCGCAGGGCACAACAGUCCUCCCGCCCCCCCUCCCCCCAAAACAAAAAGGAAAGAAGAAGAGAGAAGGAGAAAAAGGAGAGAGGCGAAAGAGUGACAGAUGGCGAGAGGGGAGGCAUGCAAGUCACGAAGGUAAAAGUGAGAUAACAGAGAGCGUCGGAAACAAAACGGACGAGCAAGGUUAACGAACGCAAUUAGACAUGCAUGGCCGCUCUCUCUGCCGGUGGCAUGGUAAUGAUCCCGACCGCUGCCCGCUGCGUGCUGGUGUGUGAGGGUGAGCGGGGUGAGGAGGGCGAUCGCAGAGCCCAGGUCGAAACAGGCAGCAGCCUCCACAGAGCAGCGUUGACGCAGAGGACCAGUCGCUCCCUGACAGCCCCCGGCAAGCACACGGCUCCAGCCCCCCGAGCCUCUCAGCUGCCCUGCUCUCUUCCCUCCUUCACUUCCUCUCCCUACGUCCUCUUUCCUGUUUUGGUCACUGCUGCUUAGCUUGUCUCCUCCUCCUCUCCCCCGCCCCCCCCCUUUCGCUUUCACUCCUCCUCUGCUCCUCCCUCCCGAUUCCUCCCCCUCUCCUCCCUCCCAUCCUUCUCUCUGUCUCUUUCCGUCUCGUUCUGUCACACUAACCGUGUUGGAUGCUGGAGUCGCUCACGCGGAAGCUGCCUCGCUCCAAGCACAUUUGCUCGGCUGCUUUUUUUCCUGCUGAGUCGAACGAGUGAAGUGGUCUCAGGUCAAGCAACCUAAAUGGACUAAGAGGAAAGUUACAAGGAGGGGGGGAUGGCCAAUAAGUAAUAGGGGAGCAAAGCAAGACUCGGGACAACAGCUAACAGAAGACACUGUGUAUGAGUGUGUGUCUGUGCGUGCGCGUGUGUGUUUGUGUGUGUACGGAGCUCUCAGAGAGGAGUGGGCUGUGCGUGUACGCCUGUGACUGUGGAGAGGGCUGAGAAGGGCACACCCGGGUGUGGGUUGCUCCGCUGGGGAUACCGUUACCCUGGAGCCCCAUGUGGGCCCCAGCCCCUGAGGCCUGGCUGGGAGAUGAAGCCUUCCCCUGGGCUCUAGGAGCGCUGUGGGCAGCCAUGGCUCUGGAGGGGCACUCUCUCCACCGGGGAUCCCCUGCGGUGGUUCGGAGGGGCGCCCAGCGCCCUGCAGUAAAGCCCGGCCUCUCUCAGAUCACCUCCGCCCUGCUGGCGAGGACACGUCUGCACGGCCUACGGCGGGUGUGCGUGCCCGGCGGCUCCAUCGGACACAGAACCUUCUGGUUGCUAGCUCUGUGCACCUCCCUGGGCCUGCUCUUGUCCUGGUCCUCCAACCGCCUCCUUCACUGGCUCUCCUUCCCCACUUACACGCGAAUCCACACCGAGUGGGCCAAGGAGCUGCCUUUCCCCACCGUCACCAUCUGCAACAACAACCCCAUCAGACUCUACAAGCUCACCAAGAGCGACCUGUACUUUGCGGGCCACUGGCUGGGCCUGCUGUUGGCCAAUCGGACCGUCCGUCCCCUGGUGCUGGACCUGCUUCAGGACGACCAGCAGGCCUGGUUCAGGAAGCUCUCCGACUUCAGACUGUUUCUACCCCCCAGGAACUUUGAAGGCACCAACCUAGAGUUUAUGGACCGUCUGAGCCACCAGUUGGAGGACAUGUUGCUGUCCUGCAAGUACAGAGGGGAGCCCUGCGGUCCACACAACUUCACCUCCGUGUUCACCAGGUAUGGGAAGUGCUACAUGUUCAACGCGGCGGAGGAGGGCAAGACCCUACGCACCACCAUGAAGGGUGGCACAGGCAAUGGCCUGGAGGUCAUGCUAGACAUCCAACAGGACGAGUACCUCCCUGUGUGGGGUGACACAGAAGAGACAGCUUUUGAAGCCGGGGUGCGUGUGCAGAUCCACAGCCAGGCGGAGCCUCCUUUCAUCCACGAGCUCGGCUUUGGAGUGGCUCCGGGGUUCCAGACCUUCGUGGCGACGCAGGAACAGAGGCUGACGUACCUGCCCCCCCCGUGGGGAGAGUGUGAGUCCAGGGCCCUGGACUCAGGGUUCUUCCAGGUGUACAGUGUGACAGCCUGCAGGAUUGACUGCGAGACUCUCUACAUCAUAGAGAACUGCAACUGCAGGAUGGUACACAUGCCUGGCGAUGCUGCAUUCUGCACUCCUGAGCAGUAUAAAGACUGUGCGGAGCCUGCACUUGCUAAGCUGUCCAUGCUGGAGAGCAGUAAUUGCAUCUGCAGGGCACCAUGCAACAUGACCCGCUACAACAAAGAACUGUCCAUGGUCAAGAUCCCCAGUAAGACCUCAGCGCGCUACCUGGAAAAGAAGUUCAACAGGUCGGAGAAAUACAUCACGGAUAAUAUCCUUGUCUUGGACGUGUUUUUUGAGUCUUUGAACUAUGAGACCAUAGAGCAGAAGAAAGCAUACGAGGUGGCUGGUUUAUUAGGUGAUAUUGGUGGUCAGAUGGGCUUGUUCAUUGGUGCAAGCAUCCUUACUAUCCUGGAGCUGUUUGACUACGCUUACGAGGUAGUGAAGGACAGACUGCUGGAUCUGCUGAGCAGAGAGGAGGAGGAAGAGAGCCAUGGGGAGGAUGUGAGUUCCUGUGACCCGAUGGGGAACCAUUCGGAGGCCGUCAGCCACACGGUGUCAAUGCCUCUGCAGACCACCCUGGGCACGCUGGAGGAGAUCGCCUGCUGAGCCCCCCACCUUAGCCCCCCCCAGUCCCUCCAGCACAGAGGGCUUGGAGCUCUGACCAGAGGGGGGUGCCACCCAGGAACCACGCUUCUCCCAGGCAGGACGGAGAGAGACAGCUGGGAGGGGAGGGCCUGGGUACUGUCUACAAGCCCUGACUACUGGCCUGCCUGCUGCGGUUGAUCGAGGGAAGGAGCUGUCACAAGAACAGGCUGAGCGUCUUUGGUAUUGUACUGUUAAUCCAGGAGGAUUGCAGCCUCCCCUCCUCUCCCCCUCCACGGCUCCCAGAGACCUGUGUGGAGGCACUGGCUCUCCUCGCACACACAAACACACAGUACACGCACACAUAAACACACACUCUCGCAAUACAGACACAUAGCUUACGUCAGGAUGGGGCCAGCCCUGUACAGGACAUCUGUAAACGCCUCAUCAUGAAUCAGUCUGCGCUAUACUGCCAACACUGUUCCGUAGACAGCUGGGAACUGUUCAAACUGCAUGCGCCGCUAUCUUUUGGAUUCGGUCUCUCACUAUCUCUCUUUCUUUAAUGCUGAUGCGUAUGCUGGACUGCAAUGUUGCUUUGCUGUACAUGUACGUGCCAUAUGCUGUGUCUCUCUCUCUCUGUUUCUCUCUCUCUCUGUUUCUCUCUCUCUCUGUCUCUCUCUCUGUCUCUCUCUCUC